GUAUUGUACAAAAGUCACAGUUGUAAAAAUUUAAUGAAAAGGAGUAUUAAUCUCAUUACAGAUAAGGAAGACCAACAGGUUGAAUUGAAUGGAGUUUUGUCUGCGCUUAGGGAAUAACAAUUACCCCAGAGUUCUUAAACAGGAAAGACUGGUCAUCCCAUACCGUAGUGACACAUUGGAAGAAGUCAAAAGAAUUCUAAACAAACAUGAUAUAAGAGUGUAUUUUCGGGCUAGUGGCACCAUAAGAUCAGCACUAGUGAAAGUUAUGGAUAGGUUUCCAAAGGAAGAACAACAGAAUGUUCUUUAUGAAAUCAACUGUCAUGAUUGCAAUGCAGUUUAUGUGAGAGAAACGUCAAGACAAUUGAACGUGAAUUUGAAGAAACACGAACAAUGUUUGAAAAAUGUUCCCAAAUCCUCGGUUGAUCUGAAGAAACUUGAGAAUAGGUCGGCAAUAGCGUUACACGAGUUAGAAACAGGACACAAGAUCAAUUUUGAAGGGACCAAAAUACUUCAGGAAGGUUUUGGGACAUAUAAAGAAAAAUUGACAGCAGAAGCGCUCUAUAUAUGGGCCAAUAAGAACAGUCUGAACAGAAAAGAUGGUAUUCAACUAACUAUCACAUGGAAAAGGUCCAUUAACAAGUAAUUGGACACUUUCUCUAUCCAAACUGUUUAUUUAACAUGCAUCGUUAUUUUGACAGAAAUUAAUCUGUAAUAUUUUAGCACUACAAUUAUAUAUUUGAUG